AUGCCGUACCUAGCAGAGGAACACUAUCCGAUCCCAGGAACAGACUUGCUAACAUGGAUGUUUGACGACCACGUCGCAUACGACGAAGACAAGCCGACGCCUUCGCGAUCGAUCUCCUGCCGACAGGCUCGCAAAAUGGUCCGUGAACUUGCCGCCGGUCUUCGUGGCAUCGGUUUGAAGAAGGGCGACUGUGUCUGUGUGAUGGCGUUCAACGAUAUUUAUUACUCCAUGAUCUUCCUCGGGAUAAUAGCCGCUGGAGGAAUCUUCUCCGGGGUCAACCCUUCGUACACAGUCUUCGAACUGGCACAUGCCAUCCGCACUGCUGACAUAACGCACCUGAUCGUCGAGCCCGAGUUUGUCCCCAAAGCUUUACUUGCGGCGAGGGAAUGUUCUCUCCCUGCAUCGAAUGUCUUCGCCUUUGACACCCUGAAACAAACUAUUCCACAGCAUCUGGGUGUAAAAAGUUGGAGGGCGCUGCUCCGCAACGGGCAGAUGGAUUGGGAACGAUUCGACGAUGAAACACGCAGCAAGGAGACCAUCGUCGCCAGGUUGUUCAGUAGCGGGACGACGGGUAUGCCAAAGGCGCUGGACAUAUCGGUCUGGAAUCUUGUGUCACAGCAUAUUGUGGUGAUGGAGGUCCGGCCUCGGCCAUACGAGGUUCGCCGACUGAUCUCGAACCCGCUUUUCCAUGUGUCACAAGUCCCACGAGUCCACACCAGCGCGAUCAAAGCCGGGAUACCGACACACGUGAUGCGUCGGUUCGAGCUCGAGGCGUGGCUUGCGAAUAUUUCGAGGUACAACAUCACUGAAGUGAACAUUGUCCCCAUGAUGGUCAUCAGUCUUUUGACAUCCGGUCAUCUCGACUCGGGGAAAUACUCGCUGCAGAGCCUUCGCAACGCGUGGUCUGGCUCCGCACCACUCGACAAGAGUCUUCAGUUUCGCUUCAAGAAGUACUUGCGGCCAGAUACCCCGUUCAAUCAGGCCUGGGGAAUGAGCGAAACCACCUGCCUGGCGAUGUGGUUCUACUAUCCAGAGCAGGACUCUACGGGCAGCGUGGGGCGGCUGUUGCCCAACUGCGACGCAAAGGUUGUCGACGACGACGGAAACGAUGUGACCGACGUCAAGGGAGGCGACGGGCAAAAUGCCCGGGGAGAACUGUGCAUUCGCGGCCCCAUCAUUGUGAAGGGUUAUUACAAGAACGAAGAGGCGAAUCGACGAGACUGGGAUCGAGACGGCUAUUUUCACACGGGAGACAUUGCGUAUUGCGACUCGGAGACAAAGAAGUGGUAUAUCGUUGAUCGCAAAAAGGAACUCAUCAAAGUCCGCGGAUUCCAAGUCGCACCUGCCGAACUCGAGGCUGCACUCCUCCUGCACCCCAAUAUCGUAGAUUGCGCCGUCAUCGGGGUCCAAGCGGCCAUCGACGAGUCCGAGCUGCCGCGGGCAUAUGUCGUGGUACGACCAGGCACGACUGUGACAGAGGCAGAGAUCAGGGAGUUCACCAAGGACAAGUUGGCGCGGUACAAGCAGUUCGACGGCGGUAUCCGAUUCAUCGACAAGGUGCCGAGAAAUGCCAAUGGCAAGAUCCAGAAAGCGGAGUUGAGGGAGUUGGUGAAGAAGGAAUUGGGUGCUAAAUUAUGA